UUUAGACUUUAGAUUGAUGACAUCUUCUCAGGCCAUAUGGAAAAUGCUUAUAUGAAAACGAAAAAAGGGAAGUAAAAGUUUAAUAUUGAGGAUGGUUUAGAAAAUGAAAACUCUUAUGUUCCCUAUAUAAAAGCCGUGAUAGAAAGAAUGUCUUCAGAGAACCUAGGCUCCAAGGUUCAACCAAACGCCCAGCUCAGUCGGGCCAGCAGCAUCCUUAAUUCUCCCAAUGGCCCUCCUGCUCUCUUUACUGACAGCCCUGGUGGUGUUCGGCUGUGGCCCUGCUCCAUCUCUGGGCUGCGAUCUGCCUCAAAACCACACCCUGGCUAGUGGGAAGACCGUUGACCUUCUGAGCCGAAUGCAGAGACUCCCCACUUUCUUCUGUGUGAAUGACAGAAAGGACUUCAGGUUCCCCCAGGAGAUGGUGGAUGGCAGCCAGCUCCAGAAGGCCCAGGCCAUCGCUUUCCUCAACGAAAUGCUCCAGCAGAUCUUUGAACUCUUCCAUACAAAGGACUCCUUUGCUGCUUGGAACACUACCCGCCUGCACCAGCUCCUCAAUGGGGUCCCUAAACAGCAGGAAGACCUGGAGACCUGCUUCAUGCAGGCAAUGGAAGAGGAAAAAUCUGUCCUUCCCAUUGAGGCCCCUGAAGUGGCUGUGAAGGAGUACUUUGAGGGAAUCCGUUCCUAUCUGAAAGAGAAGGAAUACAGUGACUGUGCCUGGGAAGUUGUCAGAGUGGAAAUCAGGAGAUCCUUCUCUUCAUCGACAACCUUGCAAGAAAGGUUAAGAAGAAAGGAUGGUGACAUGAGUUCAUCUUGA